AUGGACCGUGUGGCUGAGAUAACCUUGGAAGAGGCGGCUCCUGGGAUCAACCAAACUUCCAGGAUGCACCUCAGGGAGGACUUGAGGAGGAUACGGUGUGUGGUGCUGCUGUGUCUGCUCACCGUGCUGGUCCUGGCGCUGCCCACUGCCUACUUGCUGGUUGGAAACCUCAGAGCUCCCAGCUCCUGCGCUGGCCAGGUCACAGAAGUGAGGAGCUCUCGCUUUCUGAAGCAACGGGCAGUCUCCUCUGUUACAGAUACACUUUCCAGUGCAGAAAAGCCAAGAGCACACCUGACAGUGAAGAAACAAGAUCUCACCAAUCCCGUGGGAAACCAUCUGCCCAUCCUGCAGUGGGAAGACAAGCGAGGCUUGGCUUUUACCAAGAACAACUUGAGUUAUUCCAGCAACGCACUGGUGAUACCUGUGUCUGGGGACUACUAUGUCUACGCUCAGGUCACUUUCCGAGGGCCCAUUGAAAACAAGAGUAAACCAAAUUCUGUCACCGAGAUCAUCACCAAAGUCACUGACAGUUACCCCGAGCCCACCCAGCUGCUGACAGGCACCACAACCCUCAGUGAAAAGGGAAAUAGCUGGUUCCAGCCCAUUUAUCUGGGCGCCGUGGUCUCCUUAGAAGUAGGAGACAAAUUAAUGGUCAACGUUAGUGACAUCAAACUGGUGGAUUACACUAAGGAGCACAAAACUUUCUUUGGUGCCUUUUUAUUGUAG